AAGCAUUCUGUCAAAAUGUCAAAAUCAAUGCGAGAUGCAGGUGUAGUUUAUAACCUAUUUUUAUUUAUUAUAGACUAAAAGUAAAAUAAAGUAAUUGAUUUCUUUAAAGUUGAGGUAUCAAUGCGACGAUUUAUUAAAGUGACAUAGGAAGAAUACUUUUCGGCAAUUAUAAAAAAUGGGUAAAGGUAAAAGUUUUUUUGUCAAGAAACGAAAAGGCAACAAGAAAAUAGUUAAUAAGAAAAGAAAAAAGUCAUCCAAAGAAGUAGAAAUCGUUAAUAAAAAAGCAAUAUUCAAUCGAUAUAAAAAUAAGCAAAAGAUAGAAGAAGAAUUGGUGAAAAAAAAGCAAAUAGAGGAGAAGUUUCGUAAAGCAAACACACAGUACUCAGAGAGCGAAGAAGAAGAAGAUACUUACAACCAACUUGUUUCAUGUUUCGUAAAUCCAAGCAAAAGCAAGCAUGUAGUGGACAGUGAAAGUUCCGAUAGCACUGAAAGUGAUGUGUCCGAUAAUGAUAUACAAUCGUUAAAUGGUGAAGUUAACGACAAAGAUGAUUCUAAAGAGACUGAGGAUUUAGAAGAAGAUGAAACAAGUGAAAUAAUGAUGAUGGCAGAUACUGAUAUGGAAAUUGAGACAGAUGUAGCUGAUGAUCCAUUCACAAAACAUUAUCAGUAUGAACUUAGUGAUGAAUUAUUGGUAUCACUAUCAAGUAAUUCACCAACCAUUGAGAAUGUAACAAAAGUGUGGCCAGUGCUUGGAAAUUUAAUUAUAACUAUCCCUAAGCCAGUAAAAACAGCAGCAGCAAAAAUCAAACCAAAAAUCUCUAUUCUAGAAGAAAAAAUGUAUGCUCCUGAAGGAUCUGUACCAAAUCAUAUUAAUAAUGUGGAUUUUAAUAAGCUGUGUAUAAAGUCACAAAUACAUGGCAACAUUGUGUCUGCAAAUAAAACAAAUUUGAUAAAAAAGGAUAUGGAUUUAACUGAUAUUUUUACUCCACUACAAAAAGAAUUAUUCUCUGUUAUGAAUAACUACCAAGAUCUGUAUUAUCCAGAAAGAAGUUUUAGUAAUGCUGAUGAAAUUCGUUAUACAUAUUGUCUUCAUGUGGUGAAUCACAUGCUGAAAACUCGUAUCAAAAUUCUGCAUCAUAACUCCAAAAUAGCUCGGAAAUCUGAUAUGUCUGAUGAGUAUCGAGAUCAGGGAUUAGUGAGACCAAAGGUUUUAAUUAUGGUACCAUUCAAAGAUGCAGCAUAUAGAGUGGUCAAAACAUUAAUAGAGAUAUUGGUCCCGAAAGAAUCUGGACAGGUUGUGAAUAAGAAUAGAUUUGAAGAAGAUUUCACUGGUGGUGAGCUGCUGAUGCCAACUAAAAAUCCCAAACCGGAAGACUAUGAGUUACUCUUUAGUGGCAACACAGAGGACACAUUUAGAUUAGGAAUGACACUAACCAAGAAGACACUAAAGCUUUACACAGAUUUCUAUUCAUCGGACAUUUUAAUAGCUUCUCCGUUAGGACUCCGUAUGAUAGUGGGUGCGGAAGGUGAAGAGGACCGCGACUAUGAUUUCUUAGCAUCAAUAGAAAUAUUAAUAAUGGACCAAGCGGAUGUUUUCCUGAUGCAGAAUUGGGAUCAUUUAUUGCAUGUGUUGGAUCAUUUUCAUCUUCAACCGAAAAAGACACAUGACACAGAUUAUUCUAGAGUCAGAUCGUGGGCUGUUAAUGGAUGGUCUAAAUAUUAUAGACAAACAUUAAUAUUUUCAUCAGUGUCAUUGCCGGAAAUAAAGUCUAUUAUAAAUAGAAAGUGUCAAAAUUACGCCGGCAAAGUGCUGUCGGCGAAUCCAGUAGAAAUUGGUAGCAUACAGCAAGUUGUACUGCAAGUUCCCCAACUGUUCCAUAGAUUUAAUGCGACGUCUCCAAUGGCGGCUGUGGAGAGCAGAUUUGAAUAUUUCGUGAAGGAGAUUCUGCCAAAACAACGCGACACUCUGAUGAGCCACACCCUCAUUUAUGUGCCGAGUUACUUUGAUUUUGUUAGAUUAAGAAAUUAUUUUAAGAAAGAAGAUAUUAGUUUUGUACAAAUAUGCGAAUAUUCUAAGGAUGGCAAGAUAGCGCGAGCUCGAGACAUGUUCUUCCACACUGAGGCACAUUUCCUGCUGUACUCGGAGAGAGUCCACUUCUUCAGAAGGUUCAGGAUAAAAGGCAUCCGGCAUAUCAUAUUCUAUCAACCUUCUACUUAUCCACAUUUCUAUUCCGAAAUGUGCAACCUUAUGCAGGAAAGUAAUCAAAACAAAUAUGGAGGUAGUGAAUGUAACAUGACAGUGACGACGCUGCACUGUAAGUACGACGCGGUGCGCGUGUCCGCCGCGCUCGGCGCCGCGCGGCUCGCGCGACUCGCCGCAUCCGACAAGGCCGUGCAUAUGUUCGUCACUGGAGACUAAUUAAAUUCUCACAACA